ACCUGAAGAGGAUGUUCCUGCUCCUGGUCUUCCUGGUGGCUGUCCUACCAGUCAACACUGAAGGAGGAGAAAUCAUAUGGGGUACAGAGACCAAACCCCACUCCCGGCCCUACAUGGCAUACAUAAAGUUUUAUGAUACCAAAAUAGGUCUCAGUCACUGUGGUGGUUUCCUGGUCAGAGAAGACAUUGUAAUGACAGCAGCUCACUGUUUUGGAAGCCAUAUGAUUGUAACCUUAGGUGCUCACAAUAUCCAGGAACUGGAAAACACCCAGGUCAUUCGUGUUUAUAAAGCCAUACCUCAUUUGUACUUUAAUAGUAAAACACUGGUUAAUGACAUCAUGCUCCUGAAGCUGGAAAGCAAAGCUCAACUCAAUAGUGCUGUGAAGACUAUUGGUCUUCCAAAAAGCCAUGAUUGGGUGAAGCCUGGGCAGGUGUGCACAGUGGCAGGUUGGGGAAUCUUGCCCAAUUGUACUUCACCUGAAACACUUCAAGAAGUGAAUCUAGAAGUUCAAAACGGCCAAAAGUGCUAUGCCAGGUCCAGAAACUACAACAACUUCAUCCAGCUCUGUGUGGGAAAUCCCAAUGAGAGGAAGGCUACUUCCUACGGAGACUCUGGGGGACCUUUUGUGUGUGAUGGAGUGGCCCAGGGCAUUGUCAGUUAUCGGUUAAGUGCAUAUGCACCUCCUCGGGUAUUCACCAGAGUCUCCAGCUUUAUACCUUGGAUUCAGAGAACAGUGAAACUCCUGCAACAACUCUAGAACACAAAACCUGUGUCUGGGCCAGUGUGCAGCAUCCUGGGGUAUGGCUAUCUGAGUCUUAAUAAAGAAAUCUGUCUGCAGG